ACAAAGAAAGUUUCUCCGUUGCCGAUUACAAAUUGUGUCUACCACUCAGCUUACUGAUUAGUUGAAUUGCAAUAAAACCAUUGGAAUAUUAAGUGGACAACCACAGCAAACGAGAUAAAAGUUAUACGAGAAUAAAAUCCAGUUGCGGUUUGAAAUUCUAACUACGCACACUACUACACUAAGCAAAGUCACAACAAAAUGGCCACCUUUCGUAUGGGUCCAGCAACACACACUGUGGCAAUGUCAUUGUUCCGGCAAAACCGUCAAAAGUUGGCCGCUGCACUGAAAGAACACAGUUCUGUGAAACCAAAGUCGUAUGUAUUACUCGCUGGCGGCGAUGAUGUUAGCUUCAACGAUACGGAUGUGAGUUAUCUCUUUCGCCAGGAGUCCUAUUUCCAGUACUUAUUUGGCGUGAAGGAACCCGGUUGUUUUGGUGUGCUGAAUGUUGAUAUACCCAAAUCCACUUUAUUUGUGCCACGUUUGCCCGAGGAAUAUGCCACUUGGAUGGGUAAACUAUAUACGUUAAAUGAAUUCAAGAAAAUGUACGAAGUGGAUGAGGUGCUUUAUGUGGACGAAUUGAAUACAUUUUUUGAGAAGGCAGAACCCUCCGUCAUUCUAACAUUGAGUGGUCUUAACACAGAUAGUGGUUUAAUAUCCAAACCAGCACGUUUUGAAGGAAUCGAGAAAUUUGUUGUCGAUUGUAAUCUUCUACAUCCAGUGAUAGCUGAGUGUCGUGUAAUCAAGUCACCCGAAGAGAUUGAAGUGCUACGUUAUGUCGCAAAAGUCUCGUCGGAUGCGCACAUACGUGUCAUGCAGUUUAUGCGUCCAGGACGUUCGGAGUAUGAGGGUGAGGCUGUAUUUUUACAUCACGCCUAUGCUGUUGGCGGUUGUCGUCACGCCUCGUACACUUGCAUUUGCGGUAGUGGUGUGAAUUCGGCGGUGUUGCAUUAUGGACACGCCGGUGCACCAAAUGAUGGUCCUGUACGCAAUGGUGAUAUGUGCCUAUUUGAUAUGGGCGCAAAUUAUUGUGGUUAUGCCGCAGAUAUUACCUGCAGUUUCCCAGCUAAUGGCAAAUUCACCGAAGAUCAGAAAUUCAUUUACAAUGCCGUUUUGGCCGGACGUAACGCUGUGCUGGCGGAGGCACGCGAUGGCGUCUCAUGGGUGGAUAUGCACAAGUUGGCUUGCCGUGUCAUGCUUACCAAAUUGAAAGAAGGUGGCAUGCUAAAAGGUGACGUAGAGGACAUGCUGGACGCUGGUUUGGCUGGCAUUUUCCAACCACACGGUUUAGGACAUUUACUUGGUUUGGAUGUGCACGAUGUUGGUGGCUACCUAGCAGGGCAACCAAGUCGCCCCGCAGAACCUUGGCUGUGUAAAUUACGUUUCGCACGCACUUUGAAGGCGGGCAUGUACGUGACCGUUGAACCGGGUUGUUACUUUAUUGAAUACCUAAUGGAUCGUGCACUGGCCGAUCCGAAUCUGAACAAGUUCAUCGUGAAAGAGGUCUAUGAACGUUUCCGCAAGUUUGGUGGUGUGCGCAUAGAAGACGAUGUCCUCAUUAAAGUUGACGGUUGUGAGAAUUUCGCCACAGUACCACGCACCGUUGAGGAAAUCGAGCAAACCAUGGCUAAUCGCAAGGAAUGAGCUAGUUGUUACCUGGCAAGCAAUUAUCUAGUGCGUUAUAUAUUGAUUGUAUCGUGUUGAUUAGAUUGUUAUGAAUGAUUUAUAUAUGUAUACCUUAAAUGAAAAUAACAUGCUUUAACACAUACAUAUAUAUGUACAUAUUCCCUAUUGGAAAUUUAUAACGUCUGCAUUAAAUAUUUUUGUUAUUUAGCUAUGCUAUUAUAUACAGAAUAAAUAAAAGUCUAACUUUUCAAUAACUGGUUA